UCAAACCGGGUGUGCAGCCACUGAAUACUGUUCCACAAUAUCGUGUAUGAUUGUUCAAGAAGUAAAACAAAUGUAUAAGAGUCCAUAUUUUUAAACACACAAAGUAUUGUUCUCUUUUGGUACCCUAGGAAUUUACACGCUUUUUGCUUGUGUUGGUCCCGCUGAUCUCACCUGAGUUUCGGGUUACACUUUCAUACCUCAUUGCAGAAGGAAAUGGAGGACGCACCUGCCUGAGAAAAUACAGCUGCUUUGUCGACACUUGCUCGGACGUCCUUUACAUACCUUUGAGGAAAUUCAAGUUUUUAAAGCUCAAAUGUUUUAAAAGAUUUUUAGAAAAUAUGUCGCUGGGUAUAAUCUUCACCUUCAUCUUGUUCACAGGCUGCACCACAGCCGUCAAUGUGAUCUGCCCUAACCCACGAUACGUGGUCAUAUUAUUCCAGCCGGUCACACUGAGCUGUGAUUUCUCUACAACCGCUACAAACGCACCAGUGGUCACCUGGAAAUACAAGUCCUACUGCAGAGACCCGAUCCAAGCUGCAUUAAACCCCAGCAGUGCUGACAAUGCUAUCGCUCAGUCCAACCCAAACUACAACCCCAACAUCGAGUGUGCAGACAGCGCCAGGACCGUUCGCAUAGUGGCUUCGAAAGAAACAACGGUCACACUUGCGAAAGAGUACCAGGGCCGUCAGAUCAGCAUAACAAACAAGGCAGACCUUAGCUUUGUUCAGACCGCGUGGGGUGACAGUGGCGUGUACCUCUGCAGUGUUGUGUCAUCCCAGGACCUUGUAGGGAAUAGCGAGUGUUAUACAGAGCUCAUUGUGCUUGAGAGAAAGUCAAAUACUACAGACCUGCUGCCUGGCAUUGAUUUACUGAUCAUGGAAGACUGGUUGUUAGUGGUGUUGGUGGUGCUGGGCUUCCUGCUGCUGAUGCUCCUGUUGGGUAUCUGCUGGUGUCAGUGUUGCCCUCACACCUGCUGCUGUUACGUCAGAUGCCCCUGCUGCCCGGAGCGCUGCUGCUGUCCCCGCGCACUAUAUGAGGCUGGAAAAAUGGUAAAGUCUGGCGUCCCCAGUCAGUACGCAGCCAGUAUGUACGCCCCAAGCAUGUACGGCCAGCCAGCUUAUGGAGUUGGCGGACCUGCGCCGGGCAUACCCAUGCUCCCUAUGCCAAUGGGUGCUCCUGGUCCUCUGUCCAAUGGAUAUGGCAGAGACUUUGAUGGAGCCAGCUCAGUUGGUCAAGGAUCUGAAGUGCCACUCCUGCAAGACCACGAUGGUGGAGGAACCCGUAGUGGAUACCGUGUUCAGGCCGACCAAGAUGGAAACCCAACUCGAGUGCUUUACUACAUGGAGCGAGAACUGGCCAACCUCGACCCCAGUCGCCCAAUAAAUGCUCCAGGCAAAUACAGUCGUUUGGAUGGUAUGAGCGAGGUGAGCUCACUUCAUGAUGGUCCAGACUCUCGAAAUCGCGGUCGGGCCAGACCACCUCAGCUUACCACAGUGUAUGAUGAUGUGGAUGAAAACAUGAGCACCAUCAGCAGCGUCUCUCAGCAUGUCCGACGGGAUGAGCCCAGGCGGGGAGUUGAGUCUCGAGGACGUGCACUCUCUGUGGAAAACUUGGACGAUAUCGGCCGCAAUUACAGAGAUUAUCCGCCUGCACGCCGAGAUGGUGGAGCUAGAGGCGGCACAAGAGAUUCGGAUGACGAGUGGAGCAGUAGUGGACGAGGAAACGACCGUGCAUUCGAUGACCGGCGACGCCGUGAUUACUCUCCUGAUGCUCGUCCUCGGCGUGGAGACUCCUUCCGUGGGGUCGGUUUCCAGGGUCGGCGCAGCCGUAGUCGUGAUGACCUGACGGAUCUGGAGCGUGGCCGUGGUGGUCGGGAUGCAUAUGAUGACAGCUUCCUCAGGGAAGCCAUGGAAAAGAAGAAGCUUGGUGAGCAGCAGAGAGGCCGCAGCCGUGAGCGGCUCGACAGUGAGAGUGACCGAUCUGACCGCUACAGGGGGCAACACACCGGACCACCUCCUCUGCCCCACGCCCCGCCUUCCGGAAACCCCAAUCGCCAUGGAAACCAUAGCAACUUCCCAGCUAUUCCCCCUCCCUACACUACGGACAGUGACAGUGUGGCAUCGUCCAAGAAGAGCAACUUAAAAAAGAAUGGAGCUGUGAGCAGAGAGAGUCUGGUGGUGUGAUGCUCAGGUGGAAACUGAUGUGUGUGUGUGUAUCUCAGUGAUGCAGCUGUGUGCGUUUCCUCUGCCCUUUCAUGUCACUUAUGCGCAUGUUUGUGUUUUGGCUUGAACACUGAGAGGUAUUUUUGUUUAUAUUCAGAUGUCUUGAAUUUUGAUGGGAUAUUUUAAUGGUAAAAAUUGUAUAUUCACAAAUAGUUCACAUUAUUUCACCGUAAUGCAGGCUCGUUUAUAAAUAUAAAAUGGCAGAUUUGAAACAAUUGAUGAACUUUUUAUGGUUUGGUUCCUCCCAUUAACAUUAUUAACAGCAAGUACUCAAAAAGUAUGACUGCUGUCAUACUCGGCAUCAGCAGUUGUUUUUACUGACUGUCUGUUUUAUCUUCUGUAUGUUAAUAUACUUUAAUAGGUGGUUAUUUGUGUCUUGGAAAAAACAGAACAGUAGAGCCUUUAAAGUUUUCAGGUAUUGAGUUUUAAUUAUUUUAAUGUAACAUAAAGAAGUGAUCUUUGUAUGGACUGAAAUUCUAUCAUUUUUCCUGUAGCCUGAGGCAUCGUGCAGUUUCUGCAACUGGGUGAUUAAAUAAUGCUGUAUUUUUUAUUUUUUAUUCACAUUUGCAAAUGCAAGAACUAGUAUGAAACACCCCUAAGUGUGCUAAUUUGUAAUGUAGUUUUUUAUAUAUAUAUAUAUACCUACAGUAAUCCUUUAAUCUCAGAUUUGGUCAUACAGUAGUUUAUAAUUUUGCUAUUUUUGUACAGUCACAAUGUCAAUUUUCAAUAAAGCUUUUCUAUGGUA